GCGUAAAGCAAUUGGCAAUCAAAGAAAAGGAUUUAAUUCACAGUAAAUAAUAAAUAAACAGCGUUAAAAAUUCUAUAAAAUACUUGAAAGUAACUUUAAUUAUUCGAAUAUUAUCGAAUCAACAUUGAUAAGUUGAAGCAAGGUGAAUUAUAUUGAAUUGAAUGCUGUCUUUAAAAGAUAUCGGUGAACUGUUGCUGCUCAAAAGCGAUGGUUCCGAUGGAUGCACGUAUGCAACCAGCGAAAAAUGCAUUACUGUGGGAACAAGCUUAAAAUGCCAGAUUAAAUAUCAUGGGGAGGAUGUCAAACCUGAACAUUUUUCUAUUUAUGUUGAUGAUUAUGGGCAGGUUAAAAUAGCAAACAGGAGCACUGAAAAUCCAGUGAAAGUUAACGAUGUGAAAGUGGAGAAUAAAAGAUUUCUAAAAUCAGGCGAUGUUAUCGAUUUGUUGGGAUUUAAAAUGCGUUGGAAAACAAAAGCCGAUAUCAAAAAAGCUUUGUUGUCAAUUCCAAGAUCUGAAAGAAAGGCUAAACAUUCUAAACCUAUAAAAGUUAAGAAUAAGCGUGUGACAAUGCAUCAACUCAAUCACUACAAGAAACAAAAUGAAAAGAAGCCUAUUGCAACAUCUUCAGCAACUCAAGCAUUGACAGCACCUUUGAACAAGGAAAAUGUUGCAGGAAAUUCAGCAUUAACUUCCUUGAAUGUGUCCGAAAUGUUGAUAACAUCAUUUACACCAUCAAAAACAAAAACUCCUUCUCGUAAGACGCCGUUACCUGAAGAUGCAGCUACUACUGCUGCUGAUUCCAGUGCAGCAACUUUGAAUUACUCACAAUUUAAGACACCGACAAAAGGAAGCGUUAAAAAGUCGAUGCAUGUUGCUGAUUUUACCACAACAUGCUCAACACCUAAGCCGUCUCUUUUGAAGUCAGCAAUAAAAAAUUCCAUAUCGCGUGGUAUUCCUGGAGUAACGCCAACGCCAAAUCGAAAGACUUUAACAUUCUCUGACAAACUUCAAGAGGAAAUGGAAUGCGAUGAAAGUUCAUUAAGCACAAUAAAUGUGAGCAGUGAUGAAGGAAGUUUCAAAGAUUUGUCCGAUACUUCUUUUAGCAAAGCAAUUGUUUCUGAACUUCCUUUGAACAGUGCAACAGGAAAUAUUCAAGUUAAAGUGGAGCCGGAAUCAGGAACGCAAGAAGCAAAUGAAACUUCUGCUACUUCUGACUCACAGAAAUUCGAAGAUGAAAUUAAUGAUUUGGUCAGCUCUAUUGAUUCAAUUCUCGAAAGCGAUGAGGAAUAUAAAAGCUUCAAGGAGCAAACUGAAAGCGAAAAAAUUGCUGAAAAAAAUUCAUCGCAGACAGAAAUUACAGAAGAAGAUGCAACCGAAGUUAAUGCUCGUGGGAUGAAAGUAUUGAGCUUUAUUCAAACUGCUCGCGAUUCAAUCACUGGUGGGAACAAAACUGAACAAAUUUUAUCAUCGCGAUACUCUAACGUCACUCCAAAUGAUUCAAUUGUUGACUCAAAGGCAACUUAUGACGCUGCGACUCCCAAGGUUUCGAUUCUAGAAACAGUUGAGAAGCUGAACGAAAACAAAAGUAAUUUCAAGACACAAAAUCUCACAAUCAGUCCAAUAUCAAGUUUAACAAUGAAAAAUAAUACUGAAAUAAUAGAGAAUUAUUCAGUAAACACAGAAAUGCCAAAGUCAUUGCGUAGUACAAGAAAGCACAUCACCAAUGCGUUCUCAUCACUCAACUCAUCACAAAUUGCUGAAACUUCUCUUGCAGGCAGUGAGAUGUUGGACACAUCUAUAAUUCAAGAUCAGCCGAACUUAAAUCCAGGAAAUGUUACAGAAACUGAGUUCAUAACUUUGGAGUCUAAACAGCAAUCACCAACACAGCAAAACAGCUCUAAAAACGUUAUUCACUUCGCUACAGAAGAAGAUGAAGGAACUGAUGAAGUCUUCGAAGUCAGCAAAACUGAUUACGAUGACGAUGAUGAUGAAAGUGAUGACGAUGAUGAUGACAGUGAUGAAACUUCUUGCUCGGAAGAUGAAAAUAAAAAUAAUAAAACUGAUGCGAAUAAUCAAAACAGAUUCAGAUUAAGUGGGGAAGAUCUGGAAGAUGGAAUAAUUCCACUUGAUGAUUCACGCAAUGAUGAGACGUUUUUAAUUGAUGAAGAAGAACAAAAAGUCGGUGAAGACGAUGAAAAAUCUGAAAUUGCUGACAAAGAUGAAGAAGAUCGACAUCAGGAUAGUAAAUUGUCAACAUCGAACGACCAAGAGAUUUGUUCAAACAGCUUAACUGCUGAAAUUUCAACGGAAAUUAAUGAAAGCAUUGAAAUUCCUGAAACUCAAGCGUUUGAUUAUGAUGAAGUUGAAGACAUCGAAAAAGAAAAAUAUGAUGAAGUGCCGGCAAAAGAAGAAAAGGAAACAACUGUUGAUAUAAUAGAAGAAGAAUUUGUUGAUGAAGUGGCAGAAACGUCAACUGAAAUUUAUUCAACUGUUGAUAAAGUUGUGAAUAGAGAUGAAGAAGAACAAAUUCAAGUUGAAGAAGAUAAAGUAUCACCAAAAAUAGAUGAACAGAAGAAUAAUUUGUCUUGUGAUUCAACCAAAGAUUCAUCUGAGGAUUUAAUUGUCGAGGAAGAAAAUAACGAAGAUGCUCUCGAUGAGUCAAAAGAUCUCGAAAGUUUUGUAUUCAGUGAAACAGAGUUCAGUGCCGUUGAAAUUGAUCCAGGUUUCAUGGCUAAUACUCCAGUAACAAAAGAGAAAAGUCCCAGAAAUGUUAAUAAUGCAAAGGAAAUCGAACUCCAAGAAAAGGAAUCGUUUGGUGACAAUGUCGUUUACAAUUCCAUUGAUGGGAAAGCUACAUCGGGACAGAAAGUUGAUGAGGCUUUACAGAAGGAACAAAAUGCAAUUCAAACCGAGCUGGCAACACUUCAAGAUCAGCCAAACAUUGAAAUGCUAAGCAGAACUCCAGGGAUGGAAGAGAAGAAGAAUUCCAGAAAAACGACAAUCCCUGAAACAAGUGAAGCUACAAAAGAAUUCAAGAAACAUCUCGCAAUUCAAUCCGAGCUGGCAACGCUUCAAGAUCAGCCAAACAUUGAAAUGUUAAGCAGAACUCCUGGGAUGGAAGAGAAAAAGAAAACUUGCAGAAAGACGACAAUUCCUGAAGCAACUGAAACUACAGAAGAGUUCAAGAAGCAUCUUGCAAUUCAAGCCGAGCUGGCAACGCUUCAAGAUCAUCCAAACAUUGAAAUGCUAAGCAAAACUCCUGGGAUGGAAGAAAAAAAGAAAACUUCCAGAAAGACGACAAUUCCUGAAGCAACUGAAGCUACAGAAGAAUUCAAGAAGCAUCUUGCAAUUCAAUCCGAGCUGGCAACACUUCAAGAUCAUCCAAACAUUGAAAUGCUAAGCAAAACUCCUGGGAUGAAAGAGAAAAAGAAAACUUCAAGAAAAACAACAAUUCCUGAGGCAACCGAAGCUACAAAAGAGUUCAAGAAGCAACUUGCAAUUCAAGUCGAGCUGGCAACACUUCAAGAUCAGCCAAACAUUGAAAUGCUAAGCAGAACUCUUGGGAUGGAAGAAAAAAAGAAAACUUUAAGAAAAACAACAAUUCCUGAAGCAAGUGAAGUUACAGAAGAGUUCAAGAAGCAUCUUGCAAUUCAAGCCGAGCUGGCAUCGCUUCAAGAACACCCAAACAUUGAAAUGAUAAGCAAAACUCCAGGGAUGGAAGAGAAGAAGAAGAAUUCGAGAAAAACGACGAUUCCUAAUAAAGAUAAGCUUCGUUCUUCAUUCAUUGAGUCAUUGAAGGAUAAAAAUCAGAAAGAAAAAGACGAGGAAAUUUUGCCAGAUGAUCUUCCUUCAACUAGUGAAGAAACUUCAGCAAAUGAAGUGAAGGAAGAAGAAAAAUCAAAUGAAAUUGCUGAUGUUCCUGAAUCCAUGGAUGCAACUGAUGAAUAUUGUGGAAUGGAACCCGUCGAUGAGCCAGUUUGUGUGAAGAAAUCAACUUACUUGCUUGUUGAUGAUGAAAAUGAAACUGCCGAACCUUCGUCAGCAAUUCCAAAGACGCCAGAAACAAAAAAUGAAGAAGAAAAAUGUGCCCAGCCAUCAACGCCAAGAACUCCAAUGUUGCGUGGGUUGGAACGUAAGAAUUAUGUUGCCAUGCUCGGAUCUGCUCGAAGACGUCGUUCAAGAUCAGUCAAUUCAAAUUCCAAUGCAUCACCAAUGGUGCUUCCAGCUGUUGUCGACACGAAAAUCAUUGCAGAAACAAUUCCUGAAGAACCGAAAGAGAAAUUAGUUGAAUCUGAACAUGACGACAUCAACAAACCGGAAGUUAAGAGAAGUUUAGAGGUUGAAGUUCUCAUUGAAGCGACAAAAUCUCAUUCACUUCGUUCAACACCCAAGAAAGAUUAUCGAGUUUUGCACAGCGGUUUACGACGUGGACGUUCAGCUUCAAUUGAUUCAGUAGCCUCAAAUAUGAGCGAGGCUGGAAUGUCAUCAAUUCGUAAGAAAGAUCAAGUCGUUAUUGAAAUAACUGGAAAGGUCAUAAAAGAAGCUGAUGAAGAGACUCUGGAAAAGGAAUCAGAAGAAAACGAUCAGAAAAUCGAAGAAGAUGUUGAAGUCGAUGUUUCAUCUCAACAAGCAACUAUAAUUGUUUCAGUUAAUGACGAAUCUGAGACACCAAAACAACACUCAAAGCGUCAAGUUCGUAAAAUAAAUUACAGAAACGUUGCUUUAGGAAACACCGACAAGAAAACGGAAGAAUCUGAAAAUAAAAAAGUUGCCGAAGCAAAAAUUGAUGAAGAUGAAACUGAAAGUAAACCAAAAGGUCGAAGAGGACGAAAACGCACAAAAACUCAACCAACAGAAGUUGAAAUUGUCGAAGCAACUGAAGUUCCAAUAAUAAAAUUAAACGAUGAUUCUCAAGAAGCUUCCACAGCUCCUCAAAACACACGAAAAGGUAGAAAAGCUAAACAGCAAGUUAAUGAACAAACAGAAGAAGAAGCAACUGAAGAAGAGGCUCCGCCAAAGACAAGGAAUCAGAAAGGAAAAGCAAAUCAGGCAAAGAAAGUUGAUGCAGUGUCUGAAAUACCCAAAAGUGACACGAAAAGAACUCGAAGAGGCAAAAAAGAAUCUCAAGCCAAUGAUGAAUUGAACACUUCGGAAGUGUCAGUUGCAUCAUCAGUUGCUUCAACAUCCAGCAGACGUAAGCGAACUAAAAAGAUGACAGAAAGUGUUGAUGAAGAUGCUUCUACAUUGUCAGUUACACCAGCCAUCAAAAGAACACGUAAAACAAAGAAAUCUGAAACUCCAAUUGAUACUCCAGUUCCAAGUUCUCAGCGUGAAACGCCAGCAACUUCGGGAACAAAAGAAACUGCCAAAGGUCGUCGUAAAGCAACGAAAACUGAGUCAACACCAGUGAAACGUUCUCGUCGUUUAGUUGAAGCAGAAGAAGAAGUUGAAGAAGACAAGAAAGUGAACAAGAAAGUAGAAACUGAAGAAGAACCUGAAGCACCAACAAAGCCUAAACGUGGUAGAAAAGCGAAAACAGCUGAAGCAGAACCUGUAGAAGAACCUGAGAAGGAAGAAGAAGAAGUUCCAGAAAAGCGAGGUGCAGUUAAGAAGCCGAAAACAAUUCGAGCUUCCAAACGCACAAAAACUGUUGAAGAAUCGACUUCAAUUGAAGCAGCUGAAGAAGCACCAAAACCUAAACGUGGAAGAAAAGCAAGAACGGUUGAACCAGAAGGAGCAGUAGAAUUCGAGAAGGAAGAAGAAGUUCUAGCAAAACGAGUCGCAGUUAAGAAUCAGAAAACAACUGGAAAACGCACAAAACUUGUUGAGGAAGAAUCAACUUCAGUUCCAGUGACAGUAGAGGAACCGGAAGUACCAGCAAAGCGUAAACGUGGAGGAAAAGCUAAAAAUGUCGAUCCAGAACCAGAAGUAGAGUCCAAGAAGGAAGAAGAAGAAGUUCGACCAAAACGAGGUGCAGCUAAGAAGCCAAAAACAGCUGCUGCAAAUUUGGAAGCUUCAAAGCCAUCUCGAGGUGUUAAACGAACUGAAACAGCACCUCAAGUGACACAACCACCAACAAAACGUGUAACACGUAAUCGCAAAUAAUUUCUUAUUUAAUGUUAAGUUUUUUCUCUUUCCAUUAAUUUCCUCUCGUUUUCUUCUAUUUUUUUAAUAAUUUGAAUUACAAUGAAACCCGUGAAAUGAAAUAAUUAAAUAAAAACUUUAUUUUGCAUUCUUUAUGAGAGUGAGAAAUAAAAUGAAAAAAAGAUGCGACAAGUGAAUUAUUUUCGUCGUAAAUUCAAAUGGCUUGUAUAGUAAUGAUUGAAGUUGAUUCGAUUGCAAAGCGAGAAGAAUUUUUCAGAGUUGUCUGUCUCAGCAAUUUCAGUUACAGCAUCAAGUAAACGAACGACGUUGGUUGUGAAAGUUUCAUCAUAUUCAGCGACCUUUUGUGAGAAUGUCAUGAUGUUCCCUUCAUCGAUUGAUGUCUCGAUAAAUUGACAGAAACUUAUGCAAGAAUUGCAAACGCUGAUGAUUCGUUUGAGAAGGUCGGGAUAUGUCAACAUACAAUUCUUCAAGCAAUGAUC